AUGCCCUCUAUUUCAUAUAUCCUUAUUCCCUUUCUCCUGGCCUUUCUCCUGGCCGUUAUCCGAACGCGGUCCAAGUGCAAGGCUGUCCGAAACGUCCGGGGUCCCCUACGCCCAUCCUUUCUGCUAGGACACGAAUGGAUGAUGCGCCAUCGGGACCAUGUUGGCGACCUGGAAACGCAGUGGCUUAGGGAAUACGGACCAGUAUACCGGAUCGGGGGAUGCUUUGGGCAAGAUGUAUUGGUAUUAUCCGAUCCAAGGGCCCUGCAAUACGUUUUUCAUACAUCUGGAUACCGGUUUCCAAAGACAUCAGAUGCUCUACGGCAAUCGGAUGCAUUUUUUGGUCCUGGGUUAGUGACAGUCCAUGGGAUCACACACCAACGGCAGCGUAAAAUCAUGAAUCCUGCAUUUUCUGCUUCUCAGCUUCGUCAAUUUCUUCCUCUGUUCCAGACGUUUGCAUCGAGACUAACGGAUAAAAUCAAAACCGAAAUCCAGGACAAUGCUGCAGGUAGUGUUGUUGACGUUCUGCAGUGGACAAGCAAACUGCUUUCCGAUAUCAGCUUCCAUGCUCUCGAGGGGGAAGGGGGUGCAUCAGAACUGCGAGAUGCGCUCCGGAAUAUAUUCAGCGAGGGUAGCUCAUCUCUGUCCCGCCUAGAUAUUCUAUAUGGGUCUCUUUGGCGCAUGCUCCCCGACUUCGUCUUGAGGAUACUUGAGCUGUUACCAGCGAGAGAUGUACUUCGACCCCUACGUUUUAGAGACACUUCGCAAAGAAUCGCCAGAGAGAUUUUCCGGAAGCAAGUUGACGUGGUUGCAAACGACAUGAACACAGCCGAGAGGGAUAUUGUGAACGUUCUUGCGUUGUCUUACCUUACGGAAGAGCCUAGUAAACGAAUGAGCGACGAAGAAAUAUAUUCUCAAUUAUCCACUUUCACUCUUGCCGGUCAUGACACUACCGCGACAACUACAGCCUGGAUCCUAUACGAGCUCAGUCGUCACCCACACAUCCAGUCACAAAUCCGCGAAGAAAUCUUACAGACACGGGAACGCUGCCAAGGCGAUCUUACUUCUAACGAUUACGACUCCAUGCCUCUGCUUAAUGCUGUAAUCAAAGAGACCCUUCGCAUUCACCCUUUCGUUACUACCUUGAUACGACUUGCUGCUCAAGAUGACGUUAUACCCCUUUCAGAACCCAUUAUCGCAUUGGAUGGGAGUGUCAUGUCCGACAUUCCUAUUCCGAAGGGACAGACCAUAGUAGCAUCGCUUAUACACUUACAACCGGUGCUACCGAGCGUAUGGGGACAUGAUGCGGAUGUAUGGAACCCUGAUAGGUUUCUGAAUCUUCCACGGAGCAAACAAACGUCCUUGGGAGUGUAUGCAAAUUUGAUGUCAUUCAGUGCAGGAAUUCGUGCAUGUAUCGGGUGGAGGUUUGCGAUCAUGGAAGUGCAGAACGUCAUUACAGAACUUCUGAGUAGCUUUGAGUUUAGCCCCUCGGAAGAAGGGUUAGAACUGCAGCAUGCUCCCGGAGCGCAGACUCUUACACCGGUCGUAAAGGGAAGGGCUCAAGAAGGGGAACAGGUUCCUUUGCGCGUCACUCUGCUUAGCAAGGAGUGA